AUGGCAAGUGCAUCAAUUGCAGCACAUACCCUUGGGUUAGAUCAUACUCGGGCAAAACUAAUCGUUGACCCAGAAUUGAGAAACUGGCAAAUAAUCGAAUAUGAAGCAACAGGUGAAAAUGGAUUUAGAACAUUACUACGACGAGAGAAUCCUUCCCAACCGAGCAUAGGUGAAACUACAGGCGAAACAACCUACUUCUCUUUUCUAUCGAGUAAACACUUCAACUGCCGCGAGAACUCAAUAUUUGUUAGUGCGUGAAGCUUGGAUGUUCAAAAGCCCUUUAAAA